UUGGAUAGUCCUUUGUUCAGAUAUCGCCAUCCCCGUUCUGGCCCGAUCUAGCCGAGUAGUCGCAGUCGCAGUCGCAGCACUCGGUCGUGAAACCUCGCACGUCAACUCAAGCCGCAUCCACAGCCCUACGGCUCGACCACAGAGGGUCGCUCCCUCGAGUGUGGAAACAACAAGCAACCGGCGCCGAGAAGCAGUAGCACGGCAUCGGGACCCCUUGCGCCACCGACUCAAUUUUGCCUUCUUUCCUUUUCCCUCAUCGCUGCUGAGCCUUACCAGAUACAAACCGCCAUCAUGGGGUCAUCACGGCUGUCAUUGAGGCGUGUCCUCUUGCUCUCUGCCUUUUUUGCGGCCGGUGUACUGGCUCAAAAUGACGACGAUGAGACGACUACAGAAACACCAGAUACACCCACCACAACAACUGCCCAGCAGACAUCCCAAACAACAACCACCGGCGCUACCCAGACCACAUCCCAACGAACGACGACAUCAGUAUCAUCAUCCAGUCCCAUACCGACUCUGCCAGGCCUGAGCUCCUCCUCGACGACAUCACAGGGCACGCGGCCCCCCAUGCCGAGCCUUACGAGAACAACCAUUUCGACUGAUAUACCCGAGUACCCCCCACCGACGAUCCCGCCGACCCAGAACGCUCCCUUUAUGAACCAUUCCAAGCUCCCCGACGGCACCGUCUUCAUCGCCGUGGGUGCCAUUCUUGGUGCCUUCGGCCUCGCCAUCCUUGCCUGGCGGGGCAUCGUCGCCUGCCUGCUGCACCGAUCCGUCGAGCGCGCUGCCAUGGCCCAACACGCAGCCAACAACGCGCCGUUGGGCAAGGGAGGCGACAAGAACGCUGCCUCGUUCCCCGCACCGCCCGCCCAGUUCUAUAAGUACAUCGAGCGCGAAUCGUCCGCCUCCCUCGCCGGCGCGGGGAUGGGCGGCGGCGCCGCUGGAUCCGCUGGACGGCGAACCCACCGGGGCCCGACUCCCUCCGCCACACCGAGCCAAACGAACCUGUUCUUCUCACCCACCGCCGCGGGGUCCGCAUCAGCAUUAGGCAGCGCCACCGGCGCCUCAAACCGCGACUCGGCGCGUUUCUUGCCGUCGGGCUUCUACGCCUCUGCCUCGCCCGUCCCCGGCGGCGGCGGCGGCCACGGACACGGACACGGCAACUCGAUCAGCAUGAGCACGCUGCGGCCCUCAUCGCGCGGGCGCGCUUUGGGACCGUCGCCGCCUGAGUCGCCCGACGUGGGGCCCAGAGUGGUCUCGCGCAACUUUAGCACCAGCUCGCUGAACCUCAACCGGCCCCCUAGUCCCGGCGCCCGAGCGCCCAGCGCGUACCUGGAUGACUUGUUGGAUGAGCAACCCGGCAUGUUCCCCCCGAGCGGGACCCCGUCGCCUCAGGGGCGGGGGAGGUAUUAAUUCUUGUUUGCUUUUUUUUUUUUCUUUUCUUCAUGUGGAGGGGUUGGAGGGUGGUGUAUAGGGGUUCUGAAACAGCCCGUGAUAUUCGCAUUUGGGGGCCGGUUGUUCUGCUUUACUGUUUACUGGGAGAGGCUGUAUGAAGUGCAUUGCUGCGCCUUGGGAAAAUCUCUGUGUGGGCGUCUCUGUGUGUGGGUGUACCUGGGGAGUUGUUGGUGGUCCGAUGUGUCCUGCCCGCAGACCUUUUUCCCGUUCUCCUCCCUUUUCUCGUUCUUAUUCCCUCGCCCGUU